AUGUCGGACCAGUCGGUGUUUGACACGGACGUAUGGACCCUGACCCGGUUCGUUAUCGAGACCGGGCGCCUGGCCAAGGGGGCGACCGGUGAGCUGACCCAACUCAUCAACGCCAUGCUGACCGCCAUCAAAGCCAUUUCCUCUGCUGUGCGCAAGGCAGGCCUGGCCCACCUACAGGGCCUAGCGGGCUCGGUGAACGUGACCGGGGACGAUGUGAAGAAGCUGGACGUGCUGUCCAACGACCUGGUCAUCAACAUGUUGCAGGCCUCCUACAGCACCUGCUGCUUGGUUUCCGAAGAGAACAAGGGGCUCAUCAUCACGCCCAAGGAUAAGAGGGGAAAGUAUGUGGUCUGUUUUGACCCUCUGGACGGCUCCAGUAACAUCGACUGCUUGGCCUCCAUCGGCACUAUAUUUGGCAUUUACAAACGGACAUCGGAGGGGGAGCCCACAGAGAAGGACGCCCUGCAGCCGGGUCACAACAUCGUGUGUGCCGGCUACGCCCUGUACGGCAGCGCCACCCUGGUGGCCCUCAGCACCGGCGCCGGCCUCAACUUCUUCAUGCUGGACCCGGCCAUCGGUGAGUUCAUCCUGAUUGAGAGGAAUGUGAGGAUCAAGCAGAAGGGAAAGAUCUACAGUAUGAACGAGGGCUACGCCAAGUAUUUCCACCCCUCCAUCAACGAGUACCUGAAGCACAAGAAGUAUCCAGAGGAUGGCAGCUCCCCCUACGGGUCCCGAUACGUGGGUUCCAUGGUCUCAGAUGUUCACCGCACCAUCGCCUACGGAGGGAUCUUCAUGUACCCAGCCAAUGAGAAGAGCCCCAAGGGAAAGCUGCGGCUGCUGUACGAGUGCAACCCCAUCGCCUUCGUCAUCGAGCAGGCGGGCGGCAUCGCCACCACCGGCACCCAGAGGGUGCUGGACGUCCAGCCCGAAGCGCUCCACCAGCGGGUGCCCUUCGUGGUGGGCUCCCCCGAUGACGUCAACGAGUACCUGGCCUUUGUCAAGAAGUUUUCGUAGAGCUGCAGACGCCUCGUUUCAAGAGCGGCUUCUCCAACAGUCAGUGUUUGUACAGCAAGCCCAGGAGGACAUAGAGAUGAUUCUUCAGAUUUUGUUUGUUUUUCGUACUCAUCACGAUGUUGUAUUGGGAUCUCCACGCAGUGUGCUCUUUAGACCAGAGAAUAAACAUCUUG